UACGAGGCCCCAGACCUGCUGCUCCCAAGUCAGUGACUCUAAAUGUUAUACUUUUAUAUUUUGUGAUGGUAAUUUAGGGACUAAGAGGGGAAAAACAAACAGCUGAAGCUUUAAUUUCACGCUGAGUUUACUUGUUUUUUUCUGCUUCGUUUUGUUCCUUGUGUUGUGCUUUUGGAUUUCACUUAUACAACAAACACACAAGGACAAAUGGUGCUUUGAAAAUAGUGUUGUUUACCCUUUUCAAAGCUAAAUUUACAUUCUGCAUUUUAUUUUUAUUUAUUUUUUCCUUUGCAUACACACCGCUCUGAAGUAUUUAUUUAAAGACCGAUCGUGGAAAUGUUUUAUUACUAUUGUUAUUAUUAUUAUUAUAUUGUCCAGCUGCACCUUUUGCAUGUAGUAAUUAUAUUUCACAAACACUCAAACCUCAAGUUGCAGCCCUGAAAUAUUUUGGGAAAAUAACUCAAAGCAGAGCGAUUUAAUGUUUGUGAGAUUGAGAUUAGAAUUGUUUUGAUGAUGAUGAUGAUGAUGAUGAUGCUCUUCCUCCCUCUGUCUCCCAGGCCCAGCUGGAGGCCCAGAAGGCCACCCAGGACUUCCAGGGAGCCACUGAGGUCCUGCGGGCGGCGAAGGAGACCAUCUCCCUGGCCGAGCAGAGGCUCCUGGAGGAGGACAGCCGGCAGUUUGACUCCGCCUGGCAGGAGAUGCUGAACCACGCCACCCAGCGGGUGAUGGAGGCGGAGCACACCAAGGGGAGGAGCGAGCUGGUCCACAAGGAGACGGCGGCCAAAUACACGGCAGCCAUCGGCCGCAUGAAGCAGCUGGAGAGAAAACUCAAACGCACCAUCAACAAGUCGAAGCCCUACUUCGAGAUGAAGGCCAAGUUCUACCUGCAGCUUGAGAACCUGAAGAAGAACGUGGACGCGCGGCAGGCCAAGCUGUCCCGGGCCAAAGGGGAGUACAAGGCGGCCCUGAGGAACCUGGAGACCAUCUCCGACGAGAUCCACGAGCGCAGGCGGAGCUCCGCCAUGGGGCCCCGGGGCCGCGGCGUCGGGGCCGAGGGAGACGGAGACGGCUCCAAGAUGGAGUCCGACGGAAUAUCCAUGGCGUCGGUGUGUUUCGACGACGAGGCCAGCAGCGUCAUGUCGGAGGAGGAGGAGGAGACUCGCUCCACCUGCAGCCUGGGUUCAUCUCCCAGCAGCCCCCAGGAGCUCCUGUCGCCCUGCCCCUUCGCCAGCUCCUCCUCCUCCUCCUCCUCCUGCACGUCCUCCUCCUCCUCUCCGUCGCCCACUCCGUCCUCCUCUCCUCCGUCCAGGCCCUGCAGUCUGGACCUCCCCAGCACCGUGUCGCUGUCGGACUUCGGCCUCAUCUCUCCGGUGCUCGGGCCUCGCAGCGAGUGCAGCGGAGCGUCGUCACCGGAGUGCGACCUGGAGAGAGGUGACCGGGCAGAGGGCGCAGAGGGCGACCUGGACAACGCUCCAGCCUCCAACAACAACAGCAGCACCUCCACCUCCAAGAGGAGCUUCAGCCUGGAGACGCGCUUCGGCUUCCUCAACCUGCGCCGCCCUCGCGCCGCCAACGCCAACAACUCAGACGGCCGUUCCCAGAAGGCCGAGGCCGGCCCGACGGCGGUCCUGGUCAAAGGAGUCUGAGAGAAGAAAGACGAGACGUGAACUCUCCCAAAAUGAAACCAGAACUGAGCGGUUCACGAGCUCCCGGACUCGACUCCUCAUUCAGGAUCCCGGCCCGGUGGACGCUUCCUGUUCGGCAGCGUCGGGGGGUCCCGUCUCCUCGUGGAGGACUUCACACCUUUUGGACUCCUGAGGCAUGAAGAGCACCGUCGUGUUGGAAAACGUCUCAUUCGGGACCAAACGUGCCGUUCUUUUUUCCACUAAAAGCAGAAGUACAUCGGCUGCCUGCGUACGAGCUCUUUUUAAAAGUGCUUCAUCUCUUCUAUAAUUCAUAGAACCGUUAAUAAUCAAACUGGAUCCUUUGUUCCUGUGAACUGAGCAGAGGUUGUGCUUAAAGUCACUUAAUUAAUCAUUUACUGGUGUGUGUGUGUGUGUGUGUGUGUGUAGAUGUUCAGGUACUAAGAAAAGUUGUGUAUUCAUAAGCUACUUAAAGUUUGAGCUUUUCUCUCCUGGUUUCUUCCACCAAGAUGGUCGUGUUUUAAAUGUUCCUUCGUCUUCUAAUAUUUAAACGCAACGCGUGUCCUUCCAAUACAAUAACGGUUAUAUUGCAGAUGUGAAAUAGUAUGUUGGGCAGAGAGCUAUUAUUCUACAUGCUCUAAAGAAUUAAAUAAAUAAUAUUCCCUUCUUGUAUCUUCGUCCCGAUUGUUGGGUGACGUGUAAGUCAUGUUGUCCAAUGACGAGCCUCCGUAUGGUCACGUGACCACACUGGUAACCAGCUGCUCUCUUCCUGGAUAUUAAAUGUUCACCUGCAACUUUCUGUACUGGUCCCAGUAAUAUCUGUUCAUAAAGUAACGUGAAAGGGUUAAGUUUGAGAACGAAAAUAUGGCCUCAAAUACUGAUGACAUAUCUUGUAAAACUAUUUGAUUUUAAGGGCAAAUAUAUAUUAUUUACGCAAUAUUUCAAUUUAUAAAAUGAAAAGUCCACGUCGAUGUGCCGUUAUCAUUUAUUAAAACCUCCCUUUAAGGUU